AUGAGCGGCAACCUCUCUACGCCGGGCGGCAUCUCAGAUCCCGCUCUGAUCCAGCUCGUCAACAAGCUUCAAGAUGUAUUUGCGACCGUUGGCGUCAACAACCCCAUCGACUUGCCCCAGAUCGCCGUCGUGGGCAGUCAGUCAAGUGGAAAGAGUUCGGUACUGGAGAACAUCGUCGGUCGAGACUUCUUGCCCCGAGGUUCCGGUAUCGUGACCCGACGACCUCUCGUCCUUCAGCUUAUCAACCGCCCUGCGCAAUCCAACGGUGUCAAGGCCGAUGACAUCGACAAAUCCAACGACAAGGCAGCGAACGCCGACGAGUGGGGAGAGUUCCUCCACGUCCCUGGUCAAAAGUUCUACGACUUCACUAAGAUUCGAGACGAGAUCAACCGGGAAACAGAGGCCAAGGUUGGACGGAAUGCCGGCAUCUCUCCAGCUCCCAUCAACCUGCGCAUCUACUCUCCCAAUGUCCUCACCUUGACAUUGGUCGAUCUGCCUGGUUUGACCAAGGUGCCCGUUGGUGACCAGCCCCGCGAUAUCGAGCGACAGAUCCGAGAGAUGGUGCUCAAGCACAUUGGAAAGUCGAACGCCAUCAUCCUUGCAGUUACCGCUGCCAACCAAGAUUUGGCCAAUUCCGAUGGUCUGAAGCUUGCGCGAGAGGUCGACCCCGAGGGUCAACGGACCAUUGGUGUCCUCACCAAGGUCGAUCUGAUGGACGAGGGAACCGACGUUAUUGACAUUCUAUCGAACCGUGUCAUUCCUCUCCGACUAGGCUACGUCCCCGUGGUCAACCGAGGCCAGCGCGACAUUGACAACAAGAAGGCCAUCAACCAGGCGCUGGAGGCCGAGAAGAACUUCUUUGAGAACCACAAGGCCUAUCGUAACAAGAGCUCAUACUGCGGAACUCCUUACCUGGCCCGCAAGCUGAACCUCAUCCUCAUGAUGCACAUCAAGCAGACACUGCCCGACAUCAAGGCCCGCAUCACCAGCUCUCUGCAGAAGUACACGGCCGAACUUGAGAGUCUUGGCCCUUCGAUGCUCGGCAACACCUCCAACAUCGUUCUCAACAUCAUCACCGAGUUUACCAACGAGUGGCGAACAGUUCUGGAUGGUAACAACACUGAGCUGUCCAGCACCGAGCUUUCUGGUGGCGCCCGUAUCAGCUUCGUCUUCCACGAGCUCUACUCCAACGGCGUCAAGGCCAUCGAUCCCUUUGAUGUCGUCAAGGAUGUUGAUAUCCGUACCAUUCUGUACAACUCUUCCGGUUCUUCUCCGGCGCUCUUCGUUGGCACUACUGCUUUCGAGUUGAUUGUGAAGCAGCAGAUCAAGCGCCUGGAGGACCCCAGCUUGAAGUGUGUCUCGCUCGUCUACGACGAGUUGGUGCGCAUCCUGUCGCAGCUUCUCGCCAAGCAGCUGUACCGCCGGUACCCUUCGCUCAAGGAGAAGAUGCACGGCGUUGUCAUCGCCUUCUUCAAGAAGGCUAUGGAGCCCACCAACAAGUUGGUCCGAGACCUGGUCUCGAUGGAGUCGGUUUACAUCAACACUGGUCACCCUGACUUCUUGAACGGCCACCGCGCAAUGGCUAUGGUCAAUGAGCGAUACAACCCUUCCAAGCCUGUCCAGGUUGACCCCAAGACUGGCAAGCCCCUGGCUUCUACUCCUCGCGCCGCGAGCCCAACAGUUCCUGAGCCCGAGUCAUCUGGAAAUUCUGGCUUCUUUGGCAGUUUCUUCGCAGCCAAGAACAAGAAGAAGGCCGCCGCCAUGGAGGCUCCUCCACCCACCCUCAAGGCCUCUGGCACCCUGUCGGAGCGGGAGAACAUUGAGGUUGAGGUUAUUAAGCUGCUGAUUUCGUCUUACUACAACAUUGUCAAGCGAACUAUGAUUGACAUGGUUCCCAAGGCCAUCAUGCUUAACCUUGUCCAAUUCACCAAGGAUGAGAUGCAACGGGAGCUGCUGGAGAACAUGUACCGAACUGACACACUGGAUGAGCUCCUGAAGGAGAGCGACUUCACCAUCCGGAGAAGGAAAGAGUGCCAGCAGAUGGUCGAGUCUCUAUCCAAGGCCAGCGAGAUUGUCAGCCAAGUCCAGUAA